UAAAGGCGCUGGUAGCAUUAGCUUAAAUGGACGUUUUGAAUUAGCUUGAGAGAAUGUUGUCCUAAAUAGAAGAACAGGUAAGAUAAAAUUAAAUUAGAUAUACUCUAUUUUAUAACCGAGCAACAAUGUCUUCAGUUGAGUAUUUGAGAGAGUUUAUAAACGAGAGACUGACGACUGCUGCUCAAGAAAUAUUUGGAGCUUUUCAAAAAACCAUCGUCGAGUACGAAGAAGAGAUCGACCGUCAGCGCAGACUGUUGGAUGUCCUUUGGAAACCUGAUAUAAAGCUAAACAGCACAGAGCUCCCACAGCAACAUGUCUGUAAGGAGGAGGAGGUUCUCGCUGACCAGCAGCUCUGUAUUCAGGAGUGGAAUUCCAGUGUUGACCAAGAGGACCCAGAGCCUCCACAGAUUAAAGAGGAAGAGGAGGAACUCUGCCCCAGUCAGGAGGGAGAGCUGCUUGUACUGAAGCAGGAGACUGACGCCUUUAUGUUGACUCCUACUUAUGAUGAAAGUGACCACGGUGACGGUCACGAAAGCAUCAGCCACACUAACAAUGUGUCUAACCCUGCUACGACAACGAUUUACUGUGACGCUCACACAGAGAAAGAGUCUGUCAAAUGUGACAUGUGUGAGAAGGCUUUUAAGUACAAGUCAGAUCUGAAGAGACACCUGAAAAUUCACACAGGUGAGAAGCCGUAUUCUUGCAACACCUGUGGGAAAACAUUCAGUCAGAUGUCAGUACUGAAGGCUCAUAUAAUAAUCCACACAGGGGAGAAACCGUAUUCAUGCAACACCUGUGGGAAAAGAUUCUGUCGGGCAUCAGAUUUGAAAGCUCAUAUACGAAUCCAUUCGGGUGAGAAGCCGUACUCUUGCAACACCUGUGGGAAGCAUUUCAGAUCAAGCAGUCAAUUGACAGGCCACAUGAAAACCCACACGGGUGAGAAGCCGUAUUCUUGCAGCACCUGUGAGAAGAGAUUCCCUCAACCAUCAUUACUGAAGGCUCAUAUAAGAAUCCACACAGGUGAGCGGCCGUAUUUGUGCAAAACAUGUGGGAAAGAUUUCAGAGUCAGCAGUGCCUUAAAAUUCCACAUGAGAACUCACACAGGAGAGAAGCCGUAUACAUGCAAAAUAUGUGGGAGAGCCUUCAGAGUCAGCGCUCACCUGAUAGGCCACAUGAAAAUCCACACAGGUGAGAAGCCAUAUUCUUGCAACACCUGUGGGAAAGACUUCAGGCGUAGCAAUGAAUUGACACUUCACAUAAAAAGAAACCAUUAACCUCAUUUUUUUCUUAUUAUUACUGCAGUGCUCAUAUUCCUACGAUCAGUAUUUCUUUGAAACAAUAUUAAUCUCCCAAAUCUUUGAAAAGACUUUGUAUAUAAUACUGAAUUCAACCUGAAGUCUGAAGCUGUGAGCAAAUUCUGUUUAUCAAGCUGCAGAUGGGUGUGACUGUCUGACAUCGGUUGCCACGUUGGAUAUUCAGUACACAUUCACUUAGGAUCCAGCGAUGUCAGUUACACGCCAUGUUGGCAGCAGGAGGACGGUUAGCACAUCUCCAAGUGCUAAACAGGUGGGGUGUGACUGAGGGACCAUAAAUAUGUUACUGUUGAAAACUGUUUUUGUCAAUCCCUUCAUGCUGACUUCCCCAUAUUAGUGAACACUGAUUAAAAACAUUUGCACACUUGUUUGGGUUUUAAAUGUGUAAUUCAUUUAUUUGACAUAAAUGUUUAUAUAGAAAAUAAUGGCAGCAUACAUGUCAUGUAUCAGUACACUGGACAAACAAGACACACCUCCUCAUAUUGGAUUUCGGUGCUUCUUCAACUGGUAAUAACUAAUGAAAGCUGACGCAGAGGCCAAGCAUUAUAUAUUUUCCAGGAAGCGGUACAGUUGAUUUUAUGAUACAAAGACUGUUCUGUUCAGUUUUUUGGAAGGAAAUACAUUUUAAUCAAAUUGUUUCUUUCAUCAAUAUGUGUGUUACUUUUAAAAUGAAAUGGUGUCUUUAAGCCCAAGUAAAUUGAGAUCUGGUUUUGAGGGAUAAUAUAAACUAUUUUUUACUUUUUGGUGUAUUCUCGAAAUUGCUAUUGAAGUUACCAUUUACAGUGUAGCUUGUAAAACCACUGAAUAACAAUUACUUUAUUGGAUAUGAUUAAGUUAUUUUUUGUUGUUUGAAUGCCACACCAUUAUUUCAAUAAAUUUAA